AUGUCUACACACUUCGACGCCAUCGUGAUCGGCUCCGGCCAGGGCGGAACUCCACUGGCCCAGGCACUCGCCAAAGCUGGCCGGCGCACGGCGCUCGUCGAAUCGACACACGUGGGUGGGACAUGUAUCAACGAAGGAUGCACACCGACAAAGACCAUGGUCGCCAGUGCCAUGGUCGCGCACCUGGCCUGUCGAGCGGCGAGUUACGGGGUGCAAUUCAAAAAGUCCAGCCUCAUCCUCAACAUGGAGACGGUCAGGAAGCGCAAGCGCGACAUCGUGGACAGUUUCCGCACGGGGAGCGAGAACCGGAUCAAGAACACGCCCAACUUGGAAUUGAUUCUGGGCACGGCGAGAUUCACCGGUCCCAAGGCCGUCGAAGUCACGGUCAACGAGUCCGGCAUGAAGGAAACGCUCGACGCCGAUCAGAUCUUCAUCAACGCCGGAUGCGCGCCGGCGCCACUGAAGGUGAAAAACGCGGACACGAUCACGGGGAAUCUGCUCGAUUCGACGACCAUCAUGGAAUUGGGCGAGGUCCCGAGGCAUCUGGUCAUAAUCGGUGGUGGAGCGAUCGGGGUCGAAUUUGCGCAGAUGAUGAAGCGCUUCGGUGCGAGAGUCAGCCUUGUACAGCACGGCAUGCAGCUCUUGCCCAGGGAGGACCCGGAUGUGUCUGAGGAGGUGCGCAAGAUCUUCGUCGACGAAGGAAUCGACGUCUACCUCGGGGCGGAGACGAGGGAAGUCUCCAACGUCACGCUGGGCCAGAUCGUGGUCUCGCUGACCCAGCAGGACGGCAGCACCAAGACUUUGUUGUGCUCGCACGUGCUCGCCGCGACGGGCAGGGUGUCCAAUGCUCCGGCUUUGAAUUUGGGAGUGGCGGGAGUCGAGGUCGACGCGCACGGCUACAUCAAAGUCGACGAGCAUCUGCAGACUUCGGCCAAGGAUGUGUAUGCGCUGGGCGACAUCAAAGGCGGCCCGGCUCAGACGCACGUCUCGUACGACGACUUUCGCGUCCUCAGGGACAAUCUCAUCACCACGCACGCGGACAAGGCGGAAAAGGCUUCGAUCGAGAACCGACUGAUCCCGUACUGCGUGUUCAUGGAUCCGCAGCUCGGCCGCGUCGGGCUGACGGAGAAAGAUGCACGCAGACUCCACCCGACGCGGAACAUCAAGGUCGCGAAGAUGCCCAUGGCCUAUGUGGCUCAUGCGAUAGAGAGGGACGAGCUCAAUGGGUUCAUGAAGGCCGUCGUCGAUGCCGAUACAAAGGAGAUCCUGGGCUUUACGUGUCUCGGGCUGGCCGGAGGUGAGAUCAUGAGUAUGGUCCAGUUGGCUAUGAUGGGCGGGUUGACGUACGAUGAAUUGGAGAAUGCAAUGUUUGCGCAUCCGUGUUUGUCUGAGAGUUUGAAUAACCUUUGGGGGUUUUUGGAAUGAUGGAACCGAACCGGCUUGAGGUGAACGAACUCGAAUGUUAGACUGGCUGAUACCACUGAAGAUGACAGUAAAAAGGGUAAUUACGUAAAGCAAGAGGAUUG